UUUAGAUUCAUAGGUAUACCCGAAACGACUCUCAUGAAUCACCAGUUUCUGUUCGAUCGUCGCUGAGUGAAAUUGUGUUGUGCUAAUUUUGUGAAGCUUCUGCAAUGGCUGAUACCGAUCCUAAUGUUUUACCAGCUGAUAAUCAAUCCCUUCCCAAUGGAGAUGCCAAAGAGGACAAAAAUGUGAUUUUCAAAGUGGCCACUGAACCACCAGAAUGGCUCAAUAGGGAAUAUUUGGAAAAAGCUUUCCGUGAAUAUGAGAACGAUCAGAGCCUACAAAUCUUUGAGUGUGAGAUCAUUCCUGCCGCAAAACCAGGUGAUAACUUUGCAAGUGUCGUGUUUAGGGCCAAUGUUAAGUAUACAUGCAAGGCAAAGACCGAAUCCCUCUCGAUUAUUAUGAAAGUUAAGCCUUUCAUCGAGGGAGUAUGGAAGGAUAUGCUACAGGAUAUGCCUCUAUUUAAAACUGAAGUUGAGAUGUACACGAAAGUCCUCCCUGAAAUGCAGAGACUCCUCACACAACUAGGAGAAAAGGAACCAAUUUGCCCCAAUCUAAUCUACCACAGUACCAAUCCAGACAUUAUUAUUCUUGAAGACAUUGCACCACAGGGAUUCGUAAUGCGUCAUCAACAGUUGAACUUAGAAAAUACUCAAAAAGUCAUCCAAAAGCUCGCUCAAUUCCAUGCUCUGUCUUACUACUUGUACCACGAAGAGAAUAAGGAUCUGGAUGAAAUGAAGGACGGUCUUGUAACAACAGGAAGUAUUAACAAUUUCAAGUUUUUCCUUGAUGCAUUCACAAAUGCCGUAAAAUGCGUUAAAGAAUGGAAGGGAUUUAAUGAAAUUGGAGAGAAGCUGGAAAAACUCGUACCACUUUUCAUGAAAAAACUUAGAGAUGUUUACAUUCCUAACAAACCCAACGAAGGCUUCAAUGUUCUCAAUCAUGGGGAUUUCCAUAUUAAGAAUUUACUUUUUAUCAAUGAUGACAACGACAACAUUGAGAAAGUUACCUUUAUUGACUAUCAGAUUGCAGUAUGGGCUAGUCCAGCAAUAGACAUCAAUUACGUUAUGUAUUGCCAUGCAUCUGAGGAAGCAAGGGACAAUCACAGAGAAGAACUCAUUAGAUCGUAUCAUACAAAAUUCUGUUCAGUUCUUGAACAACUGGGAUGUCUAAAGAGACCACCAAGUCUUCUUGAAUUGAACAUUGAGAUGCUCAAACACGGUUUUCUCGAGAUUAUUCUCUCCAUUCAAUUCAUGGCAAUGUUUUAUGUUAAUGUCGAAGAAAUGAUCAAGUCAGGAGUCGAUAUGAAUGAUAUGGAUUCUCUGUUUAAACAACUUUACAUGGAAUCAAAUAUGAGGCCAGUUCUCGAGAAGCUUUUCAUCAGAUUCCUGCACAAUGGAUAUUUAGAAGUUGAGGAAACUAUACCACAACCAGCGGAUACUCAACCACCAAUUGUAGUAAAUGGAGAGGCAAAGAAGAAUGAUCUUUUUAAUGUCGUUCAAGAACCACCGACUUGGCUCAACCAGGAGUUCCUAGAAAAAUGUCUGAGGGACUACGAAAGUGAUAAGACACUAUUGGUUAAUGAGUGCAGUAUUGUUCCGGCAACAAAACCUGGUGACAACUUUGCAAGUAUUGUCUUCAGAGCUAUUCUAACCAUAACAUCUAAAACACGUCCUGCUCCUGGUGAAAAGCUUAGUUUCAUCAUCAAAGUGAAACCCUUCCAAGAAGGCCUUAAGAAGGAAAUGAUGGGAGAUAUACCACUUUUUGAGACUGAGAUAGAAAUGUACACCAAAGUAUUACCCGAAAUGCAGAGACUUCUAUCUCAAACUGGAGAUAGUGACGUAAUUGCACCAAAUAUCAUUCAUUCUGGCUUCAAUCCCGAUUACGUUAUUUUUGAAGAUAUUUCUAAAUAUGGCUACAUAGCCAAGCAUGAUGCGCUAGAUUACAACAAUACUUUAAAAGUGAUAACGAAAUUGGCUAAAAUCCAUGCGCUAUCUUACUACAUUCAGAAUGAGUCCAUAUUGGAUUUGAGCGGUUUUAAUGAAGGAUUCCUCAAUAGCGCAAUAGUGAACAAGAUUGAUUUUAUUCCACAAAGUUUCAAUAGCUUUAUCGAAGGUAUAAAGACUUACGGCAAAUAUGAUGUAAUUGUUGAAAAACUCACUGCCUUACAGCCCGUCUUUUUGAAAACAAUGAGUAAAGUGUAUAAAGCUAAUCCUACUGGAUUUGGAUUUAAUGUCCUAAAUCAUGGAGACUUUCACAUCAGGAACCUUCUUUUUACUUUCAAUGGUGAUGAUAUAGAUCAUGUGUCCUUUAUUGAUUUCCAGAUUAGCUUCUGGGGAACACCCGCUAUUGACUUGUACUACCUUUUCUACGCAAUUGCUUCGAAUGAAGCUCGAGAAAGGCAGCAUGAUCUUCUAAGGGUCUAUCAUGAUAAAUUCUGUUCCCUUCUUUCGGAUCUAGGCUACCUCAAAAAGCCACCAAGUCUCCUCGAUCUACACAUUGAACUUCUUCGACACGGAAUAUUAGAAGUUUUCAUGGCGUCAUGUUUUCUUCCAAUAUUCUUCAUUAAUUUUGCCGAGUUUGCAGAAGAAAUGAAAGAUCUCAAUGUGGAUGAAUGGGAAGCUAUGCGACAGUUCCAGAAAAAAAUCUACCAAGAAGAAAACUUCAAAAACAUAAUAGAAAAAUUGCUUUUUAAGUUUUUGCACACAGGUUUGUUAGAUAUGUAAGAAAAUGGGGAAUUU